AUGUGGAGGCGAACUGCGCUGCACUACUGCGCCUUCGAGGGCAACGUGGAGGUGGCCCAAGCCUUGCUCCAAGCUGGCGCAGAUCCCUUUCUGCGCGACCGCGAGGAGCGCACUCCGCUGCACGUGGCGGCAGCAAUGGGCCAGGUGGGCGUGGCCAGGGAGCUGCUCGGCACGUGUGUGUCCAGGAUACGUGCAGCAGCACUUCAGCGAUUUCGCCGUGAGCGCAUGGAGCCGACCGAGCCCUGGGAGGAUCCGUCAAUGGCAGACCAACGUGCGGCCAAGAGCGCCAUGGCGGACUACCUCCAUGCCCUGGAGGAGACGCGGCGCGACCUCUUGCUAUCUGAGGACAAGCAUCAGUUCACGUGCCUCCACUACGCGGUGCGGGACGCGUAUUCUGGUUGCUUUCAGCUUCUCAAGCUCCUGCUCACAAGCCUCUUCGAGUUCCCCAAGGGCCGGGAGAUCGACGACAUCAUGACGAGCAAGCUCUUCGAGAUUCCGCACGGGCCCGGUCUCAUGAAGCUUCUUGCUGGGUAUUUGCUGGAAGAGGAGGUUGCCGCCAUUGCCCACCAGCACAUUAAGCGGUCACAGGAUCUCUCGCUACAGAUCGCCAACCAUCGUGACAUCCAAGGUGUGACGCCCCUCCACCAUGCCUCAGCGAUGGGAAACUACCGAGCGGCUCAGGUCCUCGUUGCUCAUGGUGCUGACAGAUUUGCCAAGGCCAUUUUGCCGGACGCACAAGGAGCAGAGGCCACCGGGCAGCCGCCUUCCAGCGCGACGCCCGUCGACCUCGCUAAGGAUGCCACCACAUCCCAGGCGCUCGCAAAGGGCACUGGUCAAGACACUGUGGAGACGCUGGUGCAGUCCGCGGUGACUCAAGUCGAGGCCCAUGGCCAAGAUGUCAACGAGGCACGUGGUCUUCUUGCGCGGCGUCCGCUUCACGUUGUGCUGAUAGGCGCAAUUGCGAGCGCUCAGAGCUCCAAGAGCUCUCUGGUAGAGCAUUUGCUGAAGGAGUACCCGGAAUGCGAUCCGUGCAUCACCGAUGCCAAUGGAUGGACGCCGCUGCACUACGCCGCAGCUUACGGCCGCCAUGCGGAGCUGCGGAUGCUCAUCUCCCAGGCCAAGCGGCUCCAUCCCAGGGUCUGGCAGGCCGUGUCGGGCAAGGAAAACCGCGCGCGUGGGACAACGAAGCCAAAGAAGGAGGCUGGGACCUCUAUUUCUUCCACCACCAAGACACCAGGGUCCUCUGAGCGGCGCCCGCUCAGCAGACCCGGGGAGGCAACGCCAGCUGCGCAGCGGCAGGGCAUCAAGGCAGGAUCCUCGGAGCCCGAAGACGUCGAGGCUGCUGGCUUCCCCUCACACUGCUGGACAGAGAGCUCCCUGAAGGUGAGCUCGCUGUCGGCUCUGAUGGGCCGGACACCAACGCACCUUGCGGCUCAAGGAGCUGGCAAGGAGGCUGCGGCGCUGCUGGGGGACACGGGCCACAUCCAGUGUUUGAACGUGCUUCUGGAGACGGGCCUGCUGGACCUCACCGCGCUGGACGACCGGGGACUGUCACCACUCCUCGCUGCUUGCGCAGCCGGUUCGGCGGCAGGAGCCAGGUGGCUGCUGCUCCAUGGGGCAGACUGCUAUGCCGAGGACAAGAUGCGGCGGAAUGCGCUGCACGUGGCAUGCAGCUGCUCACUCGACGAAGGACGGCGGGAGCUGGUCCGCUUCCUUUGCCGCUGGGAUGCCGACUACUCCAGGCUCAAGUCUAUGCGGGACUGCCGUGGGCGGCGACCCCAGGACAUCUACCUCUACAGACAAGGGUCACGAAGAGCCAUCGCGCGAGACGAUGCGCUGCCCAACGACUUUGCAACGCUUUGGGAGGCAGCUCGACUGGGUGACCAGAGGAUGUUGCGGACUUGCCUCCAGGCUUCUCCAAAAAUCGACGCCGCCAGCCCGGGUGGCUUCACGGCCGCAAUGUACGCAGCAAGCAAUGGGCACGUCGAUGUGCUGAGGACGCUGCUGUCGAUGCGCUGCUCGUGUGGGGCAGCAGUGCCGGAGUCAGGAAUGCCCGAGCGGCCCGACGCGAAGUGGUGCGGCCGUUCUCCCCUUCAUUUGGCUGCAGAGGCAGGCCACGCAGACGUCUGCAGCCUGCUCGUUCGAGGAGGUGCACAGCUGGAGGCUCGGUCCAAAGCUGGUCUCACGCCGCUUCUUUCGGCCGCGGCUGCGGGGCAGCUGGCAAGUCUGAAAGUUCUCGUUGCCUUGAGAGCCGACCUCGAGGCCAGUCAGGAAGUGGACAACGGGCGAAGGAACGCUUUCCACAUACUGGCUGGCAAGAGAACCGAGCCGCACUUCGCCUGCUUGAGAUGGCUGCUCGAUACUCUGCUCGCCGAGGAUUUCAGGAAGCUGCUACAGAUGCUUGAGCUUCAGGAUUCGGAUCUCAGACGCCCCGUUGACUUAGCGCAGCAGCGAGGGCGAUCCCAUCAGGCAUUGCUGCGAACCAUGCGGCAAGCCCAGGAGAUGUGUGAUGCUGUCCCAGACAAAGGUUCGCAGGCAGCUAUACCUUCAAAGUAA